AUGGCUACAGACAAGGGGCUCGAGGAUAUCGAGCAAUCCCAGAUCGAGUCUAACUAUGACGAGACUGUCGACUCUUUCGAUGACAUGAGCCUGCGCUCUGAGCUUCUUCGAGGCGUCUACGCUUACGGUUUCGAGCGCCCCUCUGCCAUUCAGCAACGUGCUAUCAUGCCGGUCAUUAAGGGUCACGAUGUUAUCGCGCAGGCACAGUCUGGUACUGGCAAGACCGCCACUUUCUCCAUCUCUGUUCUCCAGAAGAUCGACCCCAACGUCAAGCAGUGCCAGGCUCUGAUUCUCGCCCCCACCCGUGAGCUUGCCCAGCAGAUCCAGAAGGUUGUUGUCGCCAUCGGUGAUUUCAUGAACAUCGAGUGCCACGCCUGCAUUGGUGGUACCAGCGUCCGUGACGAUAUGAAGGCUCUACAAGAUGGCCCUCAGGUCGUCGUUGGCACUCCCGGCCGUGUUCACGAUAUGAUUCAGCGUCGCUUCCUCAAGACCGAUGGUAUGAAGAUGUUCGUCCUUGAUGAAGCUGAUGAAAUGCUCUCGCGUGGUUUCACCGAACAAAUCUAUGAUAUCUUCCAGCUCCUUCCCCAGUCCACCCAGGUCGUUCUUCUCUCUGCCACGAUGCCUCAGGAUGUGCUCGAGGUUACGACGAAGUUCAUGCGCGACCCCGUUCGUAUCCUCGUCAAGAAGGACGAGCUUACCCUAGAAGGUAUCAAGCAGUUCUACAUCGCUGUUGAGAAGGAAGAAUGGAAACUCGACACUCUAUCUGAUCUGUACGAGACUGUCACCAUCACCCAGGCCGUCAUUUUCUGCAACACCCGCAGAAAGGUUGACUGGCUCACUGACAAGCUCACCGCCCGUGACUUCACCGUCUCGGCCAUGCACGGUGACAUGGACCAGGCCCAGCGUGACCUUAUCAUGAAGGAGUUCCGUUCGGGAUCUUCUCGUGUCCUCAUUGCCACUGAUCUGCUUGCCCGUGGUAUCGACGUGCAGCAGGUGUCCCUUGUCAUCAACUAUGACUUGCCUGCUAACCGUGAAAACUACAUCCACCGCAUCGGUCGUGGUGGUCGUUUCGGCCGAAAGGGUGUUGCCAUUAACUUUGUCACGGCCGAGGAUGUUCGCAUGAUGAGGGAAAUUGAGCAAUUCUACAGCACCCAAAUUGAGGAGAUGCCGAUGAACGUUGCCGACCUCAUCUAAUUACUACACGAUUACACGACAACCCCAUUUCUCUCUGCAUACAUUACUAGUCUCUUGAUGUUGGGGGCCAAGGGUAUUCCAAGGUUUGAUAGACGCAGGGCUCGGGGCGGGGCUGGUUUCUGCUGAGGGGGAUGCUAUGGUUGCUGGUAUGGGCAAUCACGUUGCAUCUCUAGGACAGCGGUAGAAAAGUAAUUGAUGCAUCUGGGCAUUUGCGGCUGGGUAAUGGCACCUUAAUCAGGCGGUGCAUGUCGCCUGGCGGGAGGAGUCGUUGGUGUUUCUUCAUUUGCUCGUUUCGCGUACGUUUGUACCUAGGCCGUCAGAUGCUUUUUACUCAAUGAAAAUGCUGAACCAAUUUGAAUAACCGGACUCGUCUUUGCCACGCCUCAGCAUCUCCCCUUAGCCCUCUGUUUUACUAUCUUUGCAUCGCUAUUCACUGCAGCAACGUUCCCAUCGUUCUCAUUACAGCCACAGCUUAUUGUUUAACCACUGGUGUCAUCAUCA